AUAAUAUUGAUCCGUUUACUUGUUUACGUACUUGAAGAACCUUAUUUGACAAAGAUCAUAUUGCUAAAUGUUACUGAUCUGACCAGAGCACCCAAAGCCUGUUUUCACAUUUGUGUGGGCUGCAUGAGGACAGUUACUCAGCGCAAAAUGCCCUCAUUAAAUGAUUAACAGGCCCCAUGUAAACUGGGCUCUCAGCUCUGCUUCAUUUUGCUGAUUUAUUUUGUGACAAAAUGGGUUGGAGAAGAUAUUGUGGGUUUGUUCUCCUGGUUUGGUCUCAAGGAUUUCAACAUGUGCGGCCGUCACAUCAGCCUUGUUCAGCCCCCGAACUGAACGGUGGUUUUUUGGUCCCUGAACUGAAGUCUUAUGAUCAUGAAGCACAGCUCCACUACGGCUGUGAUAACGGACGUAAACCUGCAGUUGAGGGCUGGUGGGCAACGAGCUCUUGUCUGAAUGGCGCAUGGUCUCCUGAACCACAAUGUGUAGAUGAAAACGCCUGCAUUAAACCAGAAAUACACAACGUAAAAAAAGCAAGUGAUUGGGUCCCAGGUAAAACCAAAAUCAGGAUAACAUGUGCUGACGGAUACGACCUCAAAGACCACGCUGCCACGACCGAAUGUACUAAUGGAACAUGGUCCCCCGUGCUGCUCUGUGAGAAAAGCAUCAAUUCAUGUGGCGAGCCUCCUCAGAUCCCCCACGCAGUGAUCAUCCAUCGGGGAUACAAGGACUUCUUUCCAGACAAUACAAGAUUGCAGUAUGAAUGUGAGAAAGGAUUCUCUGUGGAGGGAGAAGACUCCAUCUAUUGCAUGGCUGGAAACUGGACUGAAGGCCCAACGUGCACAGAUGGGGGGAAAUCUACAUCAACCGGCACUGACACGCACCCUGAAGGACCCACCACACCUGAUGAUGGAGGGAGACGGGCUGUGACGGGAGUCACAAAUUGCGGAGAACCUCCCACAGUUCAUAAUGGAGAUGUUGUGGAAAAUGGUGCAAUGUUUUUGAAGUACCAAUGCGUCAAUUAUUACGAACUAGUGGGACCAGAGAAAGUGGUGUGUUACAGCAAUGGUCUGUGGUCACGAGUACCCAUCUGCCAAGACAACUUCUGUUCAGUGGACACUGAUCGAGACCCUAAAUUCAUAAGCGUUGGAGUUCAAUUUGUAGGGAAUGGUAAGAAGUUGAGAUUGAGAUGUGCGGAGAAGGGCUACUUUGAUCAAUAUUCCGACGGUGUUUGCACCAAUGGAAGGAUUUCAUUCUCAGUCUGUUGUAACCAGUGGAAGUUAAAUAAUGGCUGGUGUUAAGGCUGUAUCAUCAAGGGGAGGAAACUGCUUCCUUCUGGACCGGCUACAACCAGCUAGUCCCAAAUGUUUUUUGUUUGAGAUUACUUCUAACGAUCCGUUGAUGGCAACCUAAUGUGGACAUGUUUGUAUCCAUAAAGCUGCAAAAAUAAGGUCUAAAUAAAUUCUUGGCAUCUCA